AUGUGUCGUGUACGAGGAAGGCCGCGCCGAGAAGAGGUUCGUUGCGAACAACCUGAGCAAUCGACUCCUCCUACGCCUUCACCGCCUCCUCCUCCUCCUUCUCCGACGCUUCCGUUUCCCUCUCCAACGGCCUCACCAGAGCGACAGGAUUCCCAAGAAGUCUCAGGGGAUGGACCACCGCUACCUCAGGCUCCAAUCGCUGACGGAGGUUGGAGGCGCCUGACUCGCAACAUUGAUGACAUACGACAGCGGAAUGAUUACUUGCAGGAACAGUUGGAAUAUUAUCUCCUCGAGCGACAAGACGAAGGAGAACGAGAAGCAGAGGCGGUCGCAGAGUUCGAACCGUUCUCUGCGGUAGUGAGGGAAGUGGCCAUCCCAGACAACAUGAAGAGCCUUGCUCUGGAAGCGUACAGUGGAGGAACUGAUCCAAAGGACCAUUUACUUUACUUCAGUGCGAAAAUGGUGAUAAGCGUAGCUUCCGAUGCGAUGAAGUGCAGGAUGUUUCCAUCCACAUUCAAAGGCACAACAAUGGCUUGGUUCACGACUUUGCCUCGGGGGUCCAUAGCGAAAUUCAGUGAUUUCUCGUCCAAGUUCCUCGUCCAAUUCUCCGCGAGCAAGAUCAAGCAGGUUACAAUCGACGAUAUGUUCAAUGUCCGUCAGUUGGAGCGAGAAACCUUGAAGCAAUAUAUGAAGCGGUAUAGUGCUGCAUCUAUAAAGAUCGAGGAGUUGGAGCCACAGGCCUGCGCCCGCGCCUUCAAAAAUGGACUGUUGCCGGGAAAUAUGAAUAGCAAGUUGAGUAGAAAGCCAGCCCGCUCGAUGACGGAAAUACGAGCCCGGGCGAACGCCUACAUCCUGGAUGAGGAGGACGACGCGUUUAAGAGAAAGCGGGCGAGGGCGGAAAAGGUUGGCGGGCUAAGGGACAUGAUAUCGUCGAAGAGACAAGGGUGGAAAAAGGAAAAGAGCCGUACGCGGAGGGAUAAGAGGGUCACCCAAACAGAAGACCUCGCCAAGGCGCAACUUUAUUCGAAAAAAGAAAAACUCGAGCGUCGCCGCCCAUGGCAACCCGUUGGCCCUCGCCGGCCUGAAGUGGCAGAGAGGGACCCGAAUGCGGAAUUGAGGAAGCUGCUCCGGAAGGUCAAGGCGACACAUGCGGUUGAAGGAAGUAGCGCAGGAAUUAGUUCGCGACGGGGGGCGAUAGGUAGAGCUAAAUGGUGCGAGUAUCACCGCUCGGCGGGACACGACACUGGCGACUGUUUCACGUUGAAGGGAGAGAUCGGGAGAUUGAUCAGGGCAGGACGAUCGCAAAUGACUAACCUCGGGCCAGGCAAAGGCCAACAGGGCAGGUCCAGGCGGGACGGCCACCAACGAACGCUAACAACAGAUGAGAAAGAAACCUUGACGACAAGGAGGAAGGGACCUGAAGAAACCUUCGACAAGGAUCUCAAACCACUAGUGGGGACGGUGAAUACAAUCGUCGGGGGUUUCGGUGGAGGCGGAGACACACCCUCGGCAAGGCGUAGGCAUGCAAGGGCGGUAGCAUCAGUGCAAGAGUAUGUGACCUCGUUCGGUUUUCGGCAUCCGGACAUAGUGAUAUCAUCAGCGGACUUCCAGGGAAUUAAGACAAAUAGGGAUGAUCAUGUGGUAAUAAUGGUAAGGAUCAAUAGCUUUAAUGUGCGAAGAGUACUUCUGGACCAAGGAAGUUCUGCGGAUAUUAUUUACGGCGAUGCGUUCGAGCAAUUGGGACUAACGGAUAGGGACCUGAUGCCGUACACUGGGACUCUGGUAGGUUUCUCGGGGGAGCGGGUCUGGGUGCGCGGAUACCUAGAUUUAGACACGAUCUUUGGAAUAGACGAGAACGCCAAGCUUCUGCGUGUAAGGUAUUUGGUAUGGUUGUGGCGUCAUACAAUGUCAUCAUCGAGCGGAACACUCUAA